CAUUUCACCAUUGCCUUAUCCCAGAUCUCUCCCUCAAAAAUCAUCAUAAACAAUCACACAAAUCUCAAUGCAACAAUUUCUCAUAUCUCCUCCUCCACUUCACAUCCACCACCACCAUAACCACCACCGUCGCCGCCACAAAUGGCCGCCAAAUUGGCGUUUACUCUGACGACCCCUCGUCUGUUCACUUCUCAUCUUCGAAAAUCCUCUGUUUCUCUCUCUUCUUCUUCAUCAUCGUCUUCGUUUUCUAGGGUUCAUUCGGUUCCACUUGUCGGCCGCCACUUCUGUUUUCGGCGCACUCUGCUCAUUCUUCCCCCCAAGGCCACCACUGACCAGCCAGGUCAGGUCCAAGCAGAUGAGGAGGUUGACAGUAAGAUCCUACCAUAUUGCAGCAUAGACGAGAAAGGGAAGAAGUCAUUGGGGGAGCUUGAACAAGAAUUUCUUCAAGCACUACAAUCUUUCUACUAUGAGGGCAAGGCUAUUAUGUCAAAUGAGGAGUUUGAUAACCUUAAGGAAGAACUAAUGUGGGAAGGAAGCAGUGUUGUCAUGCUAAGUUCUGAUGAACAGAAAUUUCUAGAAGCUUCAAUGGCUUAUGUAGCUGGGAAACCAAUAAUGAGUGAUCAGGAGUACGACAAACUGAAGAUACAACUAAAGAUUGACGGGAGUGAUAUUGUGGUUGAAGGUCCAAGAUGCAGUCUCCGCAGUAGAAAAGUCUACAGUGACUUAUCUGUUGACUAUUUAAAGAUGGUCCUCUUGAAUGUUCCUGCUGCUAUCGUUGCAUUGGGAUUGUUUUUCUUCCUGGAUGAUUUGACUGGAUUUGAGAUCACUUAUCUUUUGGAGCUUCCAGAACCAUUCAGUUUCAUUUUCACAUGGUUUGCUGCUUUGCCCCUCUUAUUGUGGUCAGCUCUAUCAAUUACAAACUUCAUUGUGAAAGAUUUUUUGAUCUUGAAGGGCCCUUGUCCAAACUGUGGGACAGAAAACCUCUCCUUUUUUGGAACCAUCCUAUCAAUAUCCAGCGGUGGUACCACCAACACCCUCAAAUGCUCAAAUUGUGAAACUGUAAUGGUUUAUGAUUCAAACACGCGCUUGAUCACACUGCCAGAAUGAAGUAAUGCUUGAGCAAGAAUGAAUUAUUUUGAAGGGAUCUAUGAUACGACACGUGCUAGCAUGAGUUGCAAGGGAGGACUGUGAACGUUAUGCACACGUGUCACUAUUGGUAAAAGAGGAAGUAUGAACAUGAAGGGUCUUAACUUGAGUGGUUGAUAUAUAUGUAAACAUGUAAUUGUAUUGUGUUUCUGUUCAUAUGUAUAUAUACCUAAUACAGGCUUGUACACUAGAAGAGGUGCAAAGUUGUGGUGGAUUGCCCAGAUUAAUAGAAAUGACACUUUGCUUUACAUGCAAUAUUGAAGCCAUUCCUCAACCUUAGUUCA